CUCAGACCUCUGUCCUCCACCUUCUGUUAGGGAUCCAAGGUGUUCUUUAUUCUGGGAAGCCAGGACCCUAGUGCUCCCUUCCCAAGGAGGGAGUUCCUUCUUAGUGUGAAGGAGAGCAAAGGCUAGAAGAGGAGGAGGAGGACGAGAAGAAGAAGGAGGAGGAAAAGAAAGAAGAACCAGCUGGAGGAGGGGCAGGACCUGGAAGCCAAGUCUGAAGGGAGGAGCUCCAGCCAAUGAGAGGGCUGCUGGCCACUCUGUCCCCAUUUGCUACCACAGAACCAUAUGAGGAUGCUGCCCUGGCUUCUUGUCUUCUCUGCUCUCAGUGUUGAAGCCUUCGAUGUUUCCUCAUGGGACAAAACACAAGCAAAACAGAUGUCAGAGGGGUUACAAAACCUGUUUGGAAGCCUCACCCAGCUCAAUGAAAAAGGCAGACUUGGUCUUGAUGAUGUCUUCACAAUGGUCUCUCGCAAGCAGUGGGGAGCAGAAGCUGUUGGCUGCAGGUCUCAGCUGAUGGUGCCGGUGGAUGUCCUUGUCACACACCACAUCCCUGGACUGGAGUGCCAAGACCAGACUGCCUGCAGUCAGAGGCUGCGGGAACUGCAGUCCUAUCACGUCCACAACAACAGAGGGUGCGAUGUGGCCUACAACAGCUUCCUGGUCGGGGACGAUGGCAGGGUAUAUGAAGGCGUUGGCUGGACUAUCCAAGGCCUGCACACCAAGGGGUACAAUAACAUCACCCUGGGCAUCGCCUUCUUUGGCACCAAGGAAGGCCGUAGUCCCAGCUCUGUAGCCCUGUCAGCCAUGAAAGCCCUAAUCUCCUACGCUGUCCUAAAGGGCCACCUAUCACCCAGGUACAUCCAGCCACUUUUUGUGAAAGGUGAAAACUGCCUGGCCCCUCCACAGAAAGCAAGUCCAAGGAAAGCUUGCCCCAGCAUUGUCCCACGGUCAGCUUGGGGGGCCAGGGUGGCCCACUGCCACGAGAUGUCCCUCCCUGCUAAGUAUGUGAUCAUCCUCCACACGGCUGGGAGAACCUGUAGUGUGGCUGAGGAGUGCCGCCAACUGGUUCAGGAUCUGCAGUCCCUCUCUGUGGACAAAUACAAAGAGUGCGACAUUGGGUACAACUUUCUCGUGGGCCAGGAUGGCGGUGUUUAUGAAGGGGUGGGCUGGAAUGUCCAAGGCUCUUCUACCCCUGGCUACAAUGAUAUUGCUUUGGGCAUUGUCUUCAUGGGUACCUUUACAGGCAACCCACCCAAUGCCACCGCACUGCAGGCAGCCCAGGACCUGAUUCAGUGUGCUGUGCUCAAGGGCUACCUGACCCCCAACUACCUGCUGAUGGGCCAUAGUGACGUGGUCAACACUCUGUCCCCUGGACAGGCUUUGUACAACAUCAUCAAGACAUGGCCCCACUUCAAAAACUGAGGGCAGCUCAAGAUCCUUUGGAGGCUUCUUUCUUUCUCCUGGGUCUCUGUCUUUGCCUCCCACUUUGCCUUCAGUACUUGUGUCCCCCUCCUCUGUCAACUCCACUUUGGUCCAGGUUGGGAUGAUCAUGUAUGUCCUUUCCUGCUAACAUCCUCACCAUCACCAUCCCCAGAUCCACAUAGCCAAGUCUUCAAACUCCCCUUGGGUCCAGUCUUACCCUCUCUUCACCUUCCUGUUCCCUGGCCACCCAUCUGCUCAGCCAGGUGAGACACAGACUGGGCCCUGUCACACUUCUCUUUCCAUUUGUAGCUGCCUCUCUGCCUGGGUCCCUCUUUCUGCAGGUUGCCUGGCAUCCCCUACCCUCACCCAUCACCCAGGCCAUGCUAUCUAUCUCUCUUCUUUGCUCAUGCAUUAUAGGUUUGUAUGACUUUGGAUGUUGCCCUUAUUUAAAGGCUAUAAUUAUUUAUACACAUCUAUUAUCACCUCUGGAUUGUACAUUUCUCUGGGAAGCAGCCAAGUUUUGUUCAUCACUAUGUCCUCAGUUCCUGAGGAGUGUCUGGAAUUUACUAGAUUUUUUAGAUGCUUGUUGAAGAAAUGGAAGAAUAAAUCAAUAAAUU